AUGUCGGUACCGCGUAAGGCCGGCGUACCUCCUGCAACUGACUUGACGGCUGACUUUCAGAGUCUGAUUGCGCAAAGGCGGCAAGAGUAUCCACCGUCGGCAUCAUCAUCAGCGCAAGGAUUUGGUCGACUGAAGCGCAAAGAUCCACCAGAAAAUGUGGUGAAAGCAUUGAAACAAUGGCUGGCACAAGCCUACAUUAUCCGUAAACACAUCAUUUCUUUGCUCGGCUUUCUUUAUUCAAUACGAAGAAAGUACCUGGCGCUCGGAAGGCGACACGCUGUUCACCUUGGGCAAGGCGUACAUGGUGCUGAUACACCGGAUGACCAUGACGAUCUAGCAGGGUCUGCGUUUGCAAAGUGGAAGGUGUUCACGGGGCCUCUGAGCGACACUCAGCGGGACGAGAUUGACUUUCAGGUAAAGGUGGUCAUCAAGCGAUGUCUGGAGAGUAUCAGAGAGCUGGAAAGGGCCGAAGAAGCGCGUAAAAAGCAUGCACCGACGACACCGACAGCACUCUCACCGCUCAACAGCCUUUUUGCACUGUCCACAGCCAGAGAUUCGUCAACAUCGAUUCUGGCAUCUUCGCUCAUCUCGGCACAUCGAGCCUCGAUCACGCAAUACCUCUCGACGCUCCUAUCGAGGGCUUCGGCGCUGCAGAGCGAUAUGCAGGAGGCACGACUGAGGAUGCAACGUGAAAAGACAAAGUCACUAGCAAAUUCAAGGAUUGAAUCGUCGCAAGCGGCUGACCCGGUAUCUACGUCUAGGGUUCUAGCGGCAGCUCCAACGGUAAUCCGAGGCAGUGUAGGUGGCUCGUUCAACCCGGAGCUCGACACAGAGUCAGGAAUGGUGGGGAAGGACAUCAGCGCGCAGCUUUCAGCCUCACAGAUUGAAAUGUUUGAGACCGAGUCGUCCGAGCUGAUCAAGUCGCUCGAGUCAGAUCUGGCAGCGAUCAAGAAGGCGGAAUCAAGGCUGUACGAGAUCAGCGAGCUUCAGACGCAGGUGGUGCAGCAGCUGGAACAGCAAGGCGAGAUCACGGAUCAGUUGCUGGACGAGGCGAUUGGGGUAGGCACGGAGGUGGGACGCGGAAAUGAAGAGUUGCGAAAAGCGAGGCAACGCAGUCGAGAGGCGGACAAAUUUCUGACCAUUUUUUUGGUCGGAAGCGGUCUUGCACUGCUGUUUUUGCAUUGGAUGGAUUGA